AUGCUAAGCACACUUGAUAGCGGUGUCUCGAAAAACCAAACUUUAGCCAACCCUAAUAAUCGAACCGCGCUUUUCUUUAAUUACCAUGAAUUUAACGUCACACAUUACACGGACCUGGAUGGUGAAGUGAAAGAGCAUACAGACGAAAGUGCGCUUUGCGUGACACAUUUUCCGAAUGUUUACGUUCCCGUUGACUCUGCUGCAUUUUUAGAGACAAGAGUGGUGCGAAUACCUCGACGAUUCGAAACGACGCUUGACUACCCGACUUUCAGCUCACAACUUCCAGGACUAGAGCCAGCAGCCAUAUACGACGACUAUUCCGAUCAGGAGUUCAUACCGCACGGUCGAUAUGAGACCCAACUGUUUGGGACCUCGUCUACGAGCCCCCUGAGUAAUUAUUUGACGCAAGAUCAGUUUCGAGAUAUUGUUGAAACUGUGAACGAAUUUACGCGGAAGGCCUACGAACCUCUUUCGUGGCAAAAUAUUUUGAACAAUACUUUGGACUAUUUGACUUUCAAUCUUUGGAAUAACGUGAUUUCCAAGCUGUUCGUCAGUCCUUUACAAGAGCUAGAAACCUACGUGGAACGUCUAAACAAUUCAGAUUUGCUUAGACAGCACAGCGUGAAACUGAUAUCACCCAGGAGAUCCGCAUACCUCUCCGUAAGUCGAAUCAUGUCGAAUGAGAUGAUAAUAGCCUUCUAUGAUAUACUAACAUGA